AUGCGGGGUUUCCGUCUGGAUCUCAGGUAUUUCCUCGGGGACGAGGAAGGGAGCGGGAGGCAGCAACACGUGUACGCGGUGGAGUCGCCGACGGAGAGCGUCCCGCCCGGCUGGGGUUUCCGGCUGCACUGCCUCAGCUGUCCCGAGCCGGAGAACGCCACCGACCGACCCUGCACGUACCACGAGGCCACGAUGGAGAGCGGCGGUCCGUGGAAGGGUGGAGGUCCGUGGAAGGGUGGAAGAUUCGCGAGGGGUGGAGGACUCUCUGAGGGCGAAGAACUCGCGGACGGUGGAGGACUCUCGGAGGGUGGAGGUCUCCUGGAGGGUGAAGGCCUCCUGGAGGGUGAAGGCCUCCUGGAAGGCGAAGGCCUCGUGGUGCUGGAGUGCCAGGGGCCGGGGAUCCCCUGGGUUCGGGCGUUCGCCCUCGACGAAGCGGGGCUCGCGCUGCGACCGAUCCGGGACCUGGACCGGAACGCGGCCUUGACCGAGGCGCUCGGACACUACGUCGCCUCCAGGGACGUCAGGGCGUCCUUGGUCUUGAAGGGUCUCGGGGAGGCCAACGUUCUCCUUCACCUUCCGCCGGAGGUGAAUCCCGACGAGGCCAUCCAGUACCCGUUCAUCAUUCACGUCGGCGAGGAAGAGAUCCUGGACGAGGAGGAGAAGGGUGGCAGCGACAGAUGGCGACUGGACUGGUCGACGUCGAUGGCAUCGAGACGAGGGUGGAUCACGGGGCGCGUGGAGUGGGUGGAACGGUCCGUCCCGCCGGGUUACGAGGCGGGGCAUCCGUUGGAUCAGGUCCCUUUCCUCACGGCGGCUGCCAAGGAGCUGGUCAGGCGGUACAAGUACAUCCAUCCGGAGCAGGUGGUGCUCAUGGGGAAGGGCGUGGGGGGGCACCUCGCACUCAUGGCCCUGGCCCAAGACGAUCCCACCUUCAAGUGCGCUCUCGUCGUGGCACCCGUCACUUCCUGGCUCCUCCUCGAUUCCCUGACGGCGGAGGGAUUGCUCGGAUUCCCCAACGCGACGCGGGACUUCCUCCAGUACGUGGACGUGGACGCGACCAGACGGACGGAACAUCUGCAAGACAAACUCCUCUUCCUCGUUCACGGCUCCCACGACGCACGGGUGAUCGUGCAGCACAGCCUGGCACUCACCAAGGCCUUGGUCACCCGCAACGUCCUGUUCAGGCAGAUGAUCUACCCCGGCGAGGGCCACGGCCUGGAGAACGUCAGGGAUCACUUCUACCACCAGGGAGAGAGGUUCUUCCAGGACUGCUUCGGCGGAUUCUCCCUCCCCGCACAAGACGACCGAGAGGAGGAGGAGGAGGAGGAGGGAGGAGACGAGGACGCGAACCGCGGGGAGCCACCCGAUCGCCGUCGAUCGGACGUAGAAACGGACUCCAAUCAAAACCCACACGUCAGGUGAUAUUCACUCUGGUGCUGUUUUUGUUUUCUCUUCGAAAUUAUACGAGAGAAAUGAUGUUUUUUUAAAAUAUAUAAUCAUAUUUGAAUUUA